AUGAGCAAACGGCGAACAUGGGUUUUCCUGUUUUUAUUUGUGUACACAGUCCUCUUAUCAUCAUCAUGGAACCUCCUGAAAUUGGUACUUUCAUGGUACGACUCCGCCGUCACGGCCUCUCCGUCCUCGUCAACAGGGUGGCCAGCGAUCUACGCUUCCGUGGCUCUGGGUGUCAUGUUCGGCCUUCUUUCCAUGGCCGCCGCUUUGGCCGUGGUGAUUCCGGCCACCAUCGUCAUGUGGAUCUCCGUCUUGGUUUUGUUGACUUUUUGUGGGAUGCCGCGGAAGUCGGUGGUGGUGGAAGGGAAGAAACUGACGGUGGAGAUUGCUCGGACGGUGGGUAAGAUUUUGAUCAAAGAAGGGAAUCUAGUUGCUGCUGUGGGUGCUGUUUUUGGCUACUUUCUUCUUGUUAGAAGUGGGGGCAUGAUAAAAUCGAAAGCAAUGUACAAUUUCUGA